CAGCACUAUUAUUAAUUUAUAUCUGAAGAUAUUGUUAGGUAUCACAAGAAAGCUUCUAGUAGGCUUAGCAUGGUUAGUCGCAAGAAUGCGACAAAAAAGAAUUCAAGAAAGACGUCCAAGACAUCGAGCUAUUUCAUUCGAUCCAACACGAGGGUAGUGAAGAAGCUACAUCAGAGUCAAAGUGACAGUCUUCUUCUUAAAAAAGGAGAGAAAGAGAGUAAUUAUAAUGGUGAUACCAGUUUUUCUCACAGCUCGUCUAUCUUGGACAUAUUCAUUGGUAGCCCGGAGGUGACAAUCGAUUCCCCUUCGGUACAGUGUGAGAAUGUUAGGGUGACUGGGAAAUCUAUCGAUAUCGACACGGCAGAUGGCCUUCAAAGUCGCGGGUUUACUGAAACUGCUGUUGGAAAUCCGGAGAUAUGUGUAUCUGUGGAGGAACCGAUUAUUUCCAACCACUUGCCUAGCACAAACCGUGGCGCAGACAAUACUCAAGAUAACCCCAAUCCAGAUGGACAAAAGCCACCGACAACAAGACUAUCUCCCAAUAAUAGACACGCCAAAUCCACGUCACCCCCCAAAAAACUACCACCCAAGCUAUCCCCUUACUUCCCCAAACCCCUACCACUAGUUGAGACCUCCUGUCUCCCUUUCCCGCCUAUAUCCGCCCAUUCAUUCGGGCUGGUUCAAGAGCAGCUUUCAAGCGACCCGUUCCGGCUCCUCAUAGCCACAAUUUUUCUCAACCGUACGCGUGGACCAGUCGCUAUCCCCGUUUUCUUCAAACUUUUCGACAAGUAUCCAACCAUUGAAUCCAUGGCUGAAGCAAACCACGAGGAUAUAGUGGGCAUGAUACACAAUCUCGGGUUCCAAAACCAACGAGCCACAAAAUUCAUCGCGUUGGCGAAAAAAUGGCUUAAGAGUCCGCCAGAAAAGGGACGUAGGUACCGCAAACUGCACUACCCAUGCAAAAAGGAUGGUGCAGAUAUUGGCGCUGAUGAGACCAUUGGCGAUGAUGAUGGAAGAGUUGGAUGGGAAAUUGCGCAUUUACCGGGUGUCGGGGCGUAUGCGAUUGAUUCAUGGCGCAUCUUUUGUCGGGAUAGGCUUCGUGGGUUUUGGUCAGAUGGUUCAAAUUUCGAAGAUAAUGAUGCUGAUGAAGGUGGGGAAGUCUUCGAGCCGGAGUGGAAAAGAGUUAUCCCUCAAGAUAAAGAACUCAGGGCUUAUUUGACAUGGAUGUGGUUAAGAGAAGGAUGGGUAUGGGAUUGGGAGACGGGGAAGAGAACAUUGGCAGAUGCUGAAAUGAUGCAGAGAGCUGAGAAGGGCGGCGUGGUAUAUGAAGCGCUAAAUGGAGAAUGGAUUUUGGAAAAUAGUAAUCCUACACAGCAGGAUGAGAAGCAGGUGCCUCUUGUUAGAAAGGCGGGGUUUUGCUUGGAUAAUUCAUGAACUACGCUUAAUAGAUUUUGAUCCGUCGUUAAACUGAGCGCGUGCAUAAGGUUGAACAUUGAGAAUAACGGCAUUGAUGGAUAUAUAGCGAUCAAUAAUACAGACAACUCAUCAUCUUCUC